UGUAGCGUGUAAGCGGACCUGCCUGUCGACAUUAAUUUAUUGGUCGUAACAUCGCUUGUUAGUGGAGUAAGCGGUGGCGUGCUUAGCGCUCUUAUUUGAUGGGUUGUUGUCUUUUGAUAUUAGACGCGGUGUAAACUAUUUCAUAUUGUAAUCCUAUAAUCAAGCGUUCUUCCUUAAUUGAUUUGAGUGUGAAAUUAAUAGUGAUGGGCGAUCUGUAUUCACGGAGAAGUCUCAGUUUUUAUUACGGGAAUUGGAAUGAAGAAGAAUAGUAUUUGAAUUGGCAAUCCCCGAGUGCUUGUUUCAACAUUUUACUUAUUAAAUAUCAAUAAAUCUUUUGUGUAAGAUAUUUUAAUUAAAGUAUUCUAGUGAUAUGGAAAUAGUAUUCUGCUCGAAAAAUGUAACAUCCGUGUAUUCGACGGAAGUAUUGUGCCGGAACUUUUCAAGUUCGGAUGAAAUUCUGUUUGCGAAGAUUGGACCUAAAAGAAGGUCUAUGCCUAUAAUUGUGAUUUUAUUUUUGAUAUAUUCAUUGAUAUUUAUAUCAGGUGUAAUAGGAAAUGUGUUUACGUGUAUAGUUAUAAUACGAACAAGUUAUAUGAGGACAUCUACAAAUUAUUAUUUAUUUAGCUUGGCAAUAUCAGACGUGAUUCUACUGAUAAUAGGGUUACCACCAGAAGCAUAUUCAAUAUGGGAAUCAUAUCCCUGGAGAUUUGGAAAGGCAUUUUGUAUCAUAAAAGCUUUGUUUGCUGAAAUGACCUCAUACGCAUCUGUCUUGACUAUCACGGCAUUUACAAUAGAACGUUAUAUUGCUAUUUGCAUGCCCCUGAAAUCACAUAAAAUUGUUGCAUUCUCACGAUGUAUAAAGAUAAUAAUUGGAAUAUGGAUAAUUUCCCUGUGCUGUGCAUUACCAUAUCCAAUUCAUACAGAUUUAUUUUAUUACGUUCACGAUGAUACUGGAAAACCCAUUCAGGAUUCCCUACAGUGUAAUAUACCUCCGAAAUAUGACGAGCGGAUGGCACACUUCUUUCAACUGUCUACAUUUGUUUUCUUUGUAUUUCCAUUAACUGUUAUCGUUGUGUUGUACAGCCUGAUUGGAUGUACGCUGCGUAAGGCGGACCUCAGUAGGGAACCAUCACAUAAACGUCGUUCAGCUAGUUGUCGACAUAAUAGCCAAGGUCAACAUGAAAGAAGUCCAACCUUCAUAGCAAGGAGAAGUGUACUCAAGGUUCUUGUUGCUGUCGUGGUGGCGUUUUUUGUCUGCUGGGCGCCAUUUCACGCUCAAAGAUUGCUUACAAUUUAUAACAGACACUGGACACCAUUGCUGUUUGACGUCCAAAGCUCACUAUUCUAUGUAUCAGGUGUAUUAUAUUUUGUCGGCUCAACAGUAAACCCUAUCUUAUAUAAUGUGAUGUCAAAGCGUUACCGACUUGCGUUUCUGGAAACCAUAUGCCAUAGUAAAAACCGACAUUCUUAUAGCUCACACAGACACACAAAUGGUGGAACAUCUUUAAAACGGAAACAUAGUAGUCUAAAAGGAUCUUUACGGCGGAGCAAUAAAUAUAUAAACAAAAUAGAAGAACAACAGAUACAACAUGACAAUAAAGAAGCUUUUAUUUAUCAGAAGUGCCAACAUUAUGGGAUUAAUGUAAAUUUAGCUAAAGGAGACAAGUGUGAAGUAAGAAAUGACUGUAUCCCAUUGGACGGCAUAGCUCGUGUUCGUUCAUAUAAAGGGGGAUUUAAUCCACAUGAAUUAAUACAAGCUGAGAAGAAACAUGCGUCUAAGUGUGCUAAAACUACAAAUGAAGAAGGUUAUAUUCACUUGCAAUGCACAAAUUUAGCUGACAUUCCACCUCUUUGCUUAGUAGAUGAGUUUUGUUCUCGUUGUAAAGGAAAGACGCCGUGUCCCGAAAAUAGUAUUUGUAACGGGGAACGGUCUUGCAAUGGAAAAACACCAAGUGAAACUUUUGAAAUUGUUGCAAACGGUUCAGCUUUUGGCCAAUGUAAUGAAAGUUUAAAAACAAAAUAUGUGGUCAGAUCUAAGAAUUCAUAUGUAGAUAACAGUUUAAAUGGUGGAGUUGCUUUAAAACGUAACAAAUUAUCUCUGAACUCAGAUGCAAUCGGCGAAUUUGUGUAACAUUGAGUGAAAUUUUACAUUUUGAAAUAUUAUCUCAAUUUUAUAGUAGUCUAUUUAUAUUAUUUAUGUAAUUGUCAUUUCUUGUAAAAUAUUCUUAAAGUGUUAGUAUUGAAAUGUUUUUAUUUAGCAGAUCUACAUUAGAUCCGUUCUUGAUGAAUCAAUACAAAAUACCAUUCGAAAUGUUUCUUGCUGAAUUCAGGGUUUGCCCAAUGCUUAAAGGAAGGCAAUUUAUUCUGAAAAAGAUAGAACUUUGAAAACGUCCUAUAUCUUGUUUAUCAAAUACACAUGAUGUGCAAAUUUUAUAAAGACGUUAUGAACAAUAACACACCACAUACAAGGACAUAAGCAAACUUAUAUUUCAUCAAAUAUGAUAAAACUUGAAUUAGCAUUUUCCUUUAAAUAAUAUUGAUAAUAUUAAUAACAGAAACGAAUGGUCUGUGCUUAAUCUUCAUUCAGAUAAUGAAAGAACUAUCUAUUAGUUUCUAAAGUAUCUUCUGCUGCUCUACGCAGUUCUUACAAGUUGGUUUUUAGCAAUGUUUCAUAUUGACAUUUGGACUUUGUUUUAGGUUUAAAGGCGAUAUCGUCAAUAUCAAAUGGCGACUUUCUAGCUUAAGCAGUCCUCGGGUGCCAAUCCGUAAAUUAUUUCUGGAAUAAUUGCGGACAGAAUCACCGACUUUACAUAUUUUGCUUACUGCAAGGCUUCCGCACAAUUAAAAAGUCCCAGACGAAAUUCAAAUUAAAAACACGAGUACAAUUAGCCAGUAUUAGAACAGUUAUUAAAUGUUAGCUAUAAUUUAAUUUAUAUAUUUCAAAAUACCGUCUCAGAUUAUAUUGUGUUUCCCUUAACCAAAUAACUUGUUAAGGUAUAAAUAAAAUCAUAUUUUAAUAAUUCAUGAAAACAGUACAAUCCGAAAUAAACUAACAAUUGUUUAUCUUCUUUAUAAAUCUACAAAAAAGAAAACCAUUUGACAGUUGAUUAAUCUGAAUGAAUGGUAAUUUGCUGGGAGCAAUAACUUAUACAGAAAUAGUUUCCUCAUUCAAUAUGAUGUUUUGAUGUCAAUGUGUGAAUUGUAUUUGUAGAAGAGAUUGUGUUGCUUGCAGUAAUUACUACUCAUUUUGUAGAUUUUAUUCUAAGAUACAAAUAGAUUUUGUGAACGGUUAAGUAAGAGCAUCCGCAUAAAUGUUUGAUACAGUUUAGUAAAAAUAAAUGUCAUUCAACACAAGCAAGAUAUGCUCAAAGCAUGUUCCUUAUCUAGCAUGCGUCCUAUGUCUUAAAAUGAUUUCUAAAUAAACUAUGAUGUACAGUCGAAUUCAAUGAAUUAAUUAUUCCAUUCAGGAAGAGGGGAGCAACGAAAACAGAAAUAAUUAAGUAAACAAAAUCGGUGUGAGUGAGGCCUUUUAGUCAGGUAAACGUUAAGUACAACAACCGAAUUAGACCUUUAAACAUUACUAUUAUUAGAAUCAAUCCCGGAGACCAAGGAAAAUUGCCGAAUCCUGAAAAUUUUGUUUAAAGCAGCCAAUUAUACAAAAAUGAACACAUUGUGGAAUAUAAAUAGGAUGGCAAGCUCGUUAAAAGGGGA